CUUCAGUUGUUAAAUUUGAAGAUUUAAACAUAUCUUGAAUUUUCAUACAACUGUUUCUAAGAACAGCAUGUUUCUGUUUUUUACUAUAUUGAGCAUUGCUUAACUAUUUUCGCCUGUCCAUAUUUCAAAUUUAAAGAUACAUAAAACUUCUUUGUUCGGUUAGGUACCAAUAAUAUACUAAUUUAUAGUUGAUUAAAACCUAAACACAAACAUUUUAAAAAAAUCUUAUCAGUAAUAACUGCAGACGAGAGACGUUUAUGAGAUCAGAAAUGACCAAACAUUUUCAGAACGAAGAACGAAAAACGAACAAUCAAAUCUGAAAUGAAAAACUAUUCUUAUAAUACACGUCAAAUACAGAUAGUAUGGUAGCUAGUAGGCCACGAGGUAAUGAGCAACCAUUUACGUUAUCAAUAUUCUCACUAUUCCGCAUAGAACGUCAUAAUAAUAAAUUUCGAUUUUCACAAUCUGUAUUUAUAACAUACCCAAACCUGAAAUUGUUUUGCGAACAAUAUGUCGUAUGUAUAAACGGUUUAUGUAUUAUGUUAAUAACAUAUUAUGUUCAAAUUGUUUCAUACUUAGGUAGGUACUAAGUACCCGUACCCAGUGGCUAACAUUAUUUCAGAACAAAUUACAAAAUUAUAAAUUUUAUAAAACAAAAUAUAUAAAAUGUGUAUAGUAGUAUAGUGUAUAGACAUUAUUAUUUUUUAUUAAUAUAUACAAAAACUGCCACCGGGGGAAAUUGACCACUUUGCCCCCCUUUAAAUGCGCCCCUGGGUAUAGUAAUAUUAAAUUAGUUAAAUAAGACAUAGGGUUAUUUUGCUUCGUUGUAAGUUUGUUAAUUACCUAAAUAUGUCACCCUGUCCCGCAUAUAGGAAACAAGACUUAAAAUAUGUUUUUUAGCAAGAACUUUUCAAUAAACAAUCGCAGCAGUGGGUUAGUAUUUUUAUCCCACAGUCCUCAUUGCUCUAGGUUUAAACUAUAGAGUAAUAUUGUUAUUAUUAGUAUUAUUAUUAAUAUUACUUUAUAGUUCAAACAAGGAAAAAAAAUAGUAUUAAAGUGAUUAAAGAUAUCAUUAUCUAUAGUUUAUUUACUUUUUCAAAUGUUGAUAAGAAAUACGAAUUAAGAAUGAACGUUUUAUCUACCUACUGAAAAUCUAUUGUACCUAAUUUCCUCCGCUAUGGAGUAUCGUUGCUGUGUUUUAGGUUGUUUGAAGACAUCUAACAAUGGAGUUGGACUACACGAGUAUAGAAUCUUUACCUAAAAUAUGUUUACUUAUAGCCAAACGUUUCAUAACAUUUUAAACUAUGUUGUUCUAGAUUUCCCUUUGAUAAUCAGGCAUUACUACCCGUAUGGAUUAUGGCAACAAACCGUGCAGAUUGGCUGCCUGUUGUCAAAAGUAGGAUAUGUAACAGACAUUUCAGUAUUGACGACUAUGAAGAUGGUAACAAAAAUAAUAAUCUUAAGACAAAUGCUUGUCCUAUGUUCAAUACUCCUAGCAAUGUAAGUAUAAUUAUAAUAACAUGUUAUAUAAUUAUAAUUUUAUAUUACCUGCUCAUUUUGUAUUUUUUGUAAUUACUUUUAGGCUAUUGAAAAUAGUAAAGAAAUGACAGAUUCGGAUAUUUCUGAUGUUGACAUUUCUUCUACGAGUGAUAUCAAUUUUUCAGAUCUUAAUACUGAUGAUUUGUUAGAUACACCAAAUACUAGUGAUAUGAAAUUUAGUGACGAUGAUUCAAUUUUGAGUAUUUCAUCAAUAACUUGUGUAUGACUUAUCUUUGUAAGAUUUUUAGAGAUUAUUUUGAUAUAUUAUUUAUUUUAUACUUGAUUUGUAGAAUUUAAAUAAAACUACUGGAUUUAGAAACAAACAUUUUCAACCAUCAAAUUCUUACAAUCAAACUGAUCAAGAAACCACGGAUAUCAGAAGCAUCAAUUGUGUACAUAACUCUGUGGCAUUGUCUUCAACUGAAAAAAAUUUUGGAAAUGUAAGUUUAGAUACUUUAGUAAUAUAAACUAUAUGAAAUAUUAGGUAGGAUAUACAUGCAAUUUUUCAGAGUAUUUGUGUUUUUGCAUGCUUUAGUUAGAUGAUUCUUAAAAAAAAAAGUUGCUUAAACUUCCCUUAGAAGUUAUGGCCAAAAAACUACAUAAUAUCCAAAAAUUGUGUUUAUAAGUUUCAAAUACCAAAAGUUUAAAUAUUUGGACAUUUUUUUUUUGUAAAUGUUAGUAUUUUUAACAUUUUGAUAAAAUCAGAAUUUACCUACCGUUCUUACUUUUUAUGUUAUUGUUAAUAAACCACAUACAAUUCAAUUUUAAAUUUAUUUGAAACUUUUGAUUUUAAAGUAACUCAAAAUUGACUUGUUUAGAUUCUAAGCAGAUCAAAAAUGUAUUGGAUUUACAAUGUAUAUUUUUUUUCUUUCUGUGAAAAACCUGAAAUUUGUCUCCAAUUUUAAGUAUAGCACCUUUUCUGAAGGAAAAUUUGACUAGGAUGGUACUCUAAGGAGGUAAUUUUUGGAUUUUCCCAGUUGUUUUCUUAAUAAAUAGAAAAAUGUAUUAAAUGCAUUGUUAUAAUUUUUUUUUUUUUAAUUCCGUUAAAGAUAUUUGUAGACUUGAAAUUUGGACAGAAAACUUAUAUUCGCCUUUUCUGGAUGUAAAAUUUCCAGAACAUUCAAACAAUUUUCGAGCUAUUUAUAGACAUUUUAAUUUUACAGGGUAUUUUAUGUAAUAUACAAGGUGAUUUUUUUAUUAUGAACCAGUAAUUAGUUUAGAAGAUUUUAAGUGAAUUUGAUUUAUGUUUUUUCUAAUCUUUAUGGAAUCGUUUAAGCUGUAUUUUAAAACCAUUUUUGAUUUAUUCCUCCUACUCCAUAUACCUUAAAAAAGUGCAUACUUUUAAUUUUCAAAUAGGAACCACCUCUCUUUUGAAUACAAAUUUGAAUAGAGAAUAUUUUCUUGAAAUUUUAAUAUGUAUCACACUAAUAUCAGAUUUACCAUUUAUGAAUUAUAACAGUAUAAAGUUUAGACCGUAGGAGUAGGGAAGGGUAAUAAAUUGUUUAUCUAUGAGAAAAAUUCUUGGGAAAAUUAAAAUACCUCUUUAAAGUACCUCCCUAGUAAAAUUUUCUUUCGAAAACAUUGCUACCAUUAAAAGUUGGAGCAAUAUUACUGGUAGAAAGGUUGUCCGCGGAAAAAAAAUUGUAUAUUAUAUUUAUUAUAUUUCGUAAGUUUUCCCGUUUUUUUCAGUUUUUCACAUUUGAUGAAGAAACUUUUGAAAAAUUCGAAAAAUUACAUCCCUAAAACACUUCCUCAUGCAGAUUUCUUUUUUAUAAGUUUUUUGGUAAAAAAUUUGUGCCCAGAUAAAAAAAAAAAUAAUAAUAAUAAACAUAUUUUAAUUUGCUAAUGUUAACAUAUUUUAACAUGCUAAUGUUUGAGAUAAUUGUAUGUUUAAGUUUUGCAUGGUUUUGUUAACAAUACUAUAAAAUGCAAGUACAAUAUAUAAAUUCUGAUUUCACCAAAAUGUUGAGCAUAAAAUUACUAAAAUUUAUGAAAAAAUUUUGGUAUUUUAAACUUAUAACAUAAUUUUUGAUAAAUUCUAGCAUUUUGACAAUAACUUUCAACGGAAGUUUGAGUGACUUUUUAUGAAAAUACCAAAAAAUUACUUGGGAGCUAAACUGCAUUCAUUUCCUAUAUAGUUCUGUACUUCUAGUUAGGCCAAAUUUAAUCAACUUCUAUAAAGUCAGUCUAAAUUAUCAUGUUCAUUCAUUGCCUAUUGCUGUAGCAAUGGAGAGUGUUUACCACAUGGUCUACUUUAUAUAGUGUCCAAGUUGGACAAGAUAUUUUUGAUUUGUAAACCAUAUGCAUAGCAUGGGAGUUUCAAACACAAAAUUUAAAUGUAGAUUUAAAAUUGAUUAAAGUUAAUUACAGCAAGAGUCCUUUUAUACUUUUUCUGUGUAGAAUAAAUUGGAGAUUUGGAGUAUUCAGAUCACAAUUGAUUGGAGCUAUCAUUAAACUUUAUAAUAGUAAAUAGACUAAAUAUAAUUAAUAAUGUUAUACAAAGUGAAUAAUAAUUAUUAUUAAUAAUUUGUUUAGAUUCACCGGUUAAAUAACAAUAAAUGUGCAGUUGUAUUUUGUAAUGAGAAAGCUAGAUUGAAGUUUGAUCAAUUAUUUUUUAUCGAUUUUCCAAAAGAUAAAGAACUUUGUGAUACUUGGUGGAAAAUCUGUGGACAUAAUAAUACAUUUGAUUCAUCAUUUAAAAUAUGUUCAAUUCAUUUUGAUGUGAAUGAUUUUACUACUGUUACUAUAAAACAAGGUGAUCAACUCAAUCAUCAAACUGUUUUAAAGAACUUUAAUAUUGUGCCAACUCUUUAUUUAUUGCCCCAUGAAUUUGCAAGACUUAUCAGAAAACGGAAGAACACUACUAUUACUGAUAAUAAUAGUAAGUAUAAUUAUCUUAUAUUGUAUAUAAUAUUAUAUUUAUUUAUAUUGUGUGCUAAUAUUUAUAAAAAAAAAUAUUUCAGGAACUAAAAUAUUAAAUACAUCACAGAUUGUAAAUUGUUCUAUCCAAGGUUGUAAAAAUAUAUCUUUGAAAAAUGAAAAAAUAGGAUUAUUUUUCAAGUAAAAAUAUUGUUUUAAUUCAUGUUAGAUUAUUUAAGAAUCCAAGCCUUUUUUAUAUGAAUCCUACUAUAUAAACUAUGUAUAUAUUGUCUUCAAGUUUUAAUUUUUUUUUUUUAUUAAUUUUUUCAAUUAUAGAUUUCCAUUAGAAAACAAAGUUAUGCUUAACAAAUGGCUGAACAAUAUUGGAGUACCGAAUUGGCAGCCUUCAGAAACUGAUAGGAUAUGUUCUGAUCAUAUUAAAUAUUACAACAUAAAUCAGCUUGUAGAAGGUGAUAAGGAAUUUAGUAAUUGUAAUUAUGAUUUGCAAAUCCAUGCAAUUUCCUCAAAUAAACCCAAGAUAUGUAAGGUAUGUGAACAAAAAAUUUCUAAAAAUAGUUUCUUGUGCAAUUCAUUUUUAAAUUCUUAAUAUGGCAUACAAAUUUAAAGGAUUCAACUAAUAAAGGUGAAGAACUCAACUUUGAAAAUUUACAUGAAGAUAUUUUAAUAAUGGAAAAAAAUGAAAUAGAAAGUAAUUUGUUAAAUUCAUCAAGAAGUAUAAUAGAUCAUAAACAAGUAUUCACAACUGCAGCAAUGCAAUCUGAUUUAACAGACAGAGAUACUACUAAAGGUAAUGCAAAUGUUAUUUAUUAUUAAUCUUUAGUUAUAUACAUUAGGGUGACCAUUAUUUAUUGAUGAUAAAAAAAUAUUAUUUGUAUUGCUGGACCCUCCCAUUUUUUUUAUUAUCAUAUGUUAUAUAUAAGUUAAAGAAAUUUGAGCAUAAUUACUCAUCCUAUUCUCGUAGCUCAAGGGGAUUGAAAAUAAGCCAACAAGGGUAGUUUAAUAGUUUUUUAUAUUUUAAUCAAAAAAUAGAAGAUUUAACAUAAAAAUGCAUUGAACUUUAACUGUAGAAAAAAUUGUUUUCUAUAAAAAAUGUAUUUAUAACAUUUUUCGUAUCUAUUAUACAACAUGAAAAAUAAUAAAAUAUUUAAUUUAUUUGGAAAAAUUGAUUAAUGAUAUUAUUUAUUUAUUAUUAAUUUAUGUAUAUCUAUCAUUUCGUAGAUUUACCUUAUACAAACUUCAGCUGAAAUAAUAUUAUCAAAAUAAAUUUUAUCAUGGGAAUUUAGUACAUAUUUGUACUUACAGAUAAGUGUAAGGUUAGGUUACUGUUAUUAACAGUACUUCUUGAAAGUAUUUUUUUAAAUCCAGCCAGUUAUAUUAUUAAUUGAACGUCUAUUAAAAUUAACCGAGCAUUUAUCGAAAAGAAAUCUCGGAAAAAAUUUGUUCAGAUUUUUUUAGCUUAAAUACUGAUUUAGUAGUUGUACAUUAUGAUACAAAAUUACUUCUCUACUUGAGUGACCAAGUAAAAGUUUAACAAUUUCCAGUAAUUAUCUCAACUCCUAAUGGAGAACAACUUCUUGGAGUUUACCCAUAUAUGAUUGUUUAGACAAAUGGGCAUAACUUGACAAGGUACAAAAUUUUGUAUUUGAUACUACUGCAUCAAACACCAGCUGACUAAAUGGGUCUUAUACACUUUUGGAGCAGAUAUUGAAUAGAGCAAUUAUUUAUUUUGCUUGUAGGCAUCAUUUUUCAAAGUUGAUUAUCCAGGCUACAUUAACGAGGCCAAAUUAUACAUAUUGUUUGGACCAAUUAUACUUAUUUUCAACCUCUUAUAAAAUGCAUGGAAAGAAAUUAAUAAAACAAAUAUAUUGAUUUGGAAUACAAGUAAAAAGUUUGAAAAAAUAAUUUUGCCAAUACGCUAAUUUGUUUCAUUUUACUUACAAAAUAUUUCUGAAGAUCAUCCUAGAGACGAUUACAAAGAAUUAUUGAACUAGUUCUUAUUUUACUUGGAGAAACUUCACUUGGUGGAAUGAAAAUUUGUCAACCUGACGCAUGUCAUCAGGCAAGGUGGAUGGCAAAAUAUAUUUAUUGACUGAAAAUAUUUUUACUAUGAACUGAAUUCAAAAUAACAAAAACGAAAGAAAAUGCUAUAGUGAGAAUUAAUGUCUUUAUCGUUAAAAAUUAUAUUAAAUAUUGGUUUACAGUCACAAAUGUUAAUGAGUUUCCAUUUAAUGAUAUAAAUUUAAUACGUACUUUAAAUAAAUACAAAAAUGAUGAUAAAAAAAAUUGCAGAUGCAUGUUUGUCAAAAUGUUUAAAUUAUUUAUGGUAUCUGAAUGAAGAAUGUGCUGCAUUUUUUGUAUUUGAUGAAAGGAUUUAAUUUGAAAAAAAAAAAAUUUUGCUGAUAAACUUUAAAUAUCAAGAACGAAUAGAAUUAACACCGGGAGACGUAGACAAAUUUUUAUCUGGACAAAAAUUUGUGUUUAAAGUUAGAAGACGUGGAUAAGUUUUUAAAAAAAGAACUACCUGUAAAUUUGUUAAGUUAUAAGUCAUGUAAAUUAUUUGAAAGAUUCAGAAUUUCAUCAGAGUAUCUACAAAUAGAUCCAACCAAGUGAAAUGAUAAUCAUGCAUACCAGUCGGCAAAAAGGACUAAAGAUUCUUUACAAAUAGUUAAUGAUAGUGCUGAAAGGAGAGUAAAGCUUAAGAAGGAUUACAAUGAUAAAAUCACUAAAAAUGAAAACCUAAAACAAUUUUUAUUUAGAGUGAGUUACAAAAAUGUAUAUCUAUAUGAUAAUUCAAAAUAAUUAAUUUCAUUGUAUGUAUUUAAUUUUUGGUUAUUUAAAAGUAUAGAAAAACCGUUUAUGAAUUAUAACAGUUUAAAGUUUAGACCGAAGGAGUAGAGAAGGGUCACAGAUAAACAACAUAAUAAAAAAAAUCACCCUGUAUAUAUAUAUUUUUCAGCAACACAAUCACAAAUUCUAUUAUGUUUAUUCAUUUAUUUUCAUUUAAACAGAACAACCAUUUGUAUAUUCCCCAAAAAAGUUUAAAAAAUCAAAUCUUGAGUACUUUAUGAACAUUUUCAAUAAUGAUAGCAAUGGGAGCAACUUCUCAAUGAAUGGAGGGUCACAAUUUCAAAAUAAAACUACUUCAAGUGCAACGAAAUUAUACCUGGAAUCAUUUGAAAAAGAAAUUGCAGAUGGUAAAUCAAAAUCUUUAUUUUAAAUAUAUUAUGUUAACUAUUUCUAUAAAAGUAAUAAUUAUCAGAUGUUGCUGUCUCAUACUAUUUCUUAAAAGCAAGGCAAAAUAUAUUACUGUAUAAUAUUUGAUUAUUUGUUUACUCAUAUUUUAUCAAUUUAGUUCAAUUAAAACACAUUGCACACAGUGCAUACUUAUUCAUAUGGAAUCUGUGUAAUAUCUUCAAUUUAAUUUUAAAUUUAUGAUAAAAAUAGCUUAGACCAUUUACAUAAUUACACUGUGUAAAUAGGUAGGUAAUAAAAGUAUCAUCGAAUUAUCAAAAAUCAUUACUAAUAUUUGUACAGAAUAAAAAUACUGAACUACAUUUUAUUUAUACUAGAAUAAUCUGUAUGUGAAUAUUUUGUAUUCAUAUUUGAAACACAAAAAGAUCAUUAUUUAUUUAAUAGUAAUUUUUAAGUGUAAUAUUUAUUUAGACUUAAUUUUUCAUAUUUUCUUCGUAUAAUUUGUUUCCAUUUCUCCGUUUUAAUUAUUCUAUAUUAUUUAACUAUUUUUUUUAAAAAAUUAUUGGUAUUUCAUUUUAGUUUGCGUUUUUCGAGUCAUUUAUGUUUUUUGUAACUAUUUCCGAAUUAUCAAAGUUUUUUAAUUACAGAAUUAGUUUCAAUUACUCUUAUUAUUUCUCUAUCUUUGUGCAUUGUGUAUAGUGAUUUUCUGAAGUAUUAGAACUAAUUACAUCAACUGUUUUCUUUAGAAUAUUUUAUGUAUUUUUAUGCAUUUUAUAAUUGUUUUUAGGUAGGUUGAUUGAUUAGGUUUUUGUGAAAUUUAUCCACUAACCUGAUUUGUUUUUAGUCUUUUUAUCAUACACUGACAUUUUUGUUUAAUUUUUACUUCAUACAUUUAUUUUGUAUUAAAAUUCUAAAAAAGUAGUUCUUGAGUUUUAAUAGAAUUAUAUACCUGAUAAAUGUGGGUCAAACAUUGACAAUAUGUGAUAAUGUCGUAGGUAUAUAUUGGUUAAUAUUAAAUGUUAAUGUCAGAGGCUUCUAUCAAUUUUACUGUGUCUUCAGCUUUUAAAUUAAUAUUUUUUGUAUGCUUAUUUGUAUUUAAAUGUUCUACUACCUGAAAACGUUUUUACUGGCACAGCUUGAUCACAAAUAAUACAAUAUAAUAUUUUAUCAUCUGUUUUAAAAACUUCGCAUGAAAAUUCUAUAACAAAUUUACUUAUAUACAUAUGAGUUUUAACUCGUAAAUAUAUAAAUAAAUAAGAGUGGUGCAAAAACAGAUCCCUGAGGUAGUCCAUUAUUAAGUACUAUUGUGUGUUUUUAUUUUACCCAAUUAUUAUUGUGAAUAGCUUAUAAGAAAAAAUUUUAUUUAUAAUUCUAUUAAUUAAUCUACAAGGAAUUACAUGUAAAAGUUUAUUGAUCACUCUCAAACACCAUACAAUGUCAUACACUAAUGUCUGACCUAUAAAUUUUGCAGCAGGUUUAGAUGUUUUCCUAGCCUAUAUGUGUGUCGUUAGGGAGAAAACCUCCUAGUUACAGCCAAUUAUGUUAGGAUGGAAGCUUACCCGUUUGAUAGGAAUAAUUUUGUUUAUAGGUUCUAAAAUUUGAUUGGAGAUUAGCCUUUCUAACAGUUUAUGUCUAACACUUAGAAAAACAAUGGGGUGAUAACUCUGUCCUUCUUUGUCUGGUUUUCCGGGCUUCAGUAUUAUAAGAAUCUUAGUACAUUUAAAUUGUUUGGGAGUAUUCCAGUACAAAAAAUGUUUGAGUAAAAUUUAAUUAUUCAAAGUCUGGUUUUAGUCCCACAAUUGCUUAAAAACUCCUGUCAAAACAUGUCAUUUUACUGGUUCUAAUUUUCUUAAUUACCUCGUUUAAUUCAGACUCACAUCUUUCUUCCACCAAGUUUUUUUUAUAAAUAAAAUCGGUUUUUUUUCUAAAAGUUUUUUUUAUCAAUAUUUGAUCUAGAAAGUAUCUAGUUGGAUUUUCAUAGCAAACAUCUUCCAUUUAGUAUUAGGACUGAUUUUCCCUAUGGAAAACCCUAUGGUUUCCCAAGAUUUCCUGAUAGAGAGUUUAUAAUUUAUAUUUUCUAUCAUCUUAAUUCUUUUAUCUCUUCUUGAAGUCAAGGAGAGUAUUACAAUCAUGGAGUUUCCAGUUGCUAUAUAUUCUCUGUACAGACACAUAGCCAGGAUUUUUUUUGGUGGUCCAAACAUGAAAUUCAUCAUCAACUACCAAUAAUUGUCUAGGAAAAGAAAAUUUAAAACGUAUUGGCUAGAAAAUCAAACUACCAUAUGAUUUUUCUGUAUGAAACUUAAAUUUCAUCCAAACCCAAUGGACCCUCCCCAAUGGCUACUUUCCUGUCUCUGUGUUGCUCAUCAUUUUGCCUACUCCAACCAAGAAUAAAUCUUCUUCUAUACCCUCUAUUAACAUAUAUUUCAUGGCCAGGUACUCUAAUGACCACUUCAGUAAAACAGCUUAAUCCAUCUGAUGUAGUUAUCAAGCAUCUUUUAAAGUAUCUUCCUAAACUAUCCGAUUUGCUUUUGAAAGUUUAUGCAAUGUUUUAGGUAUAAGUUAAAAAAUUGUAUGGCCUUUUUUUUCCUGUGAACAAUUUUCUAUCAGCAAUUUUGAUCUAACUUACAAUUAUAGAACUUUUUCUAAAAAGAAAUCUGAUUGGGGAGGUACUUAAGAGAAGUAAUUUUUGUUUUUCCCAGGAGUUUUCCAUUAAAUGGAAAAAACACAGGGAAAUUAUUAAAAAAAAUGUUUAAUACAUAUGUAAUUAUUUUAUUAUAAUAUAACAUAUAUUGUUGACAAAGCAACAUUAUCAACCGAACUUCGCUCAAAAUCAUUUUCAUUAACAAUGGUUAAUAUUGUUUCGUACAAAUAUACAUUAAAUUCCUCUCUAUAUCCUACAUUCCAACUUCCCACUCAUAACAAUGGCUAUGCCCGUUAGACAGAUUUUUUAUAUAUGAUAUUGAACUUACAAAUUUAAUUAUUUUGGUUGUAACGGUAUUGUUCUAUUUUAUUUUUUGAUUAAUGAAUCAGAAUGUAAAAAGAUGAAAAUGGCAACAAAUGAAAAUAAUUUGAGUAAUAUGUAUUCAGACAUUAAUAGUUCAAAUGUUAAUCCUAUUAACAAUGUACCUAAUAAACAAAUGUUUUCAAAUGGCAUUAAAAAAUCACAAGUGGAAUUUUCGGAAAAAUAUGAUUUUAAGGGUAAGUUCCAUGUUAAUAUUUAUUAAGAUGCCUGUUAUUUUUGAAUUUGAACAUUUUAAGGAGUACUGACCUGAAAAAUGUUCCAACACUUUUACAAAUAUCUAACCUAACCAUAAAUUUUGUUUUUCUCUCAUUUAUCAUUAAUCAUAUUUUUCGCUUUCUUCCAACAGUUUGCUAGUAGUUCUGUUAAGGUUUUCCUCUCUCUCAAUUAUAUCUUUGUCAGUUUAACCUGCUACUACCAGUUGCCAGUCAUUUCUUAUUUUGAUUCCUGUUGCUCCGGCCAAGAUUUCUCUCAUCAUUGAUUUCAGAGUUAUUUUAAAAAGGGCUGAUGAUAAGGCAUCUCCCUGUCUUAAUCCCGUCCUUACCUUAAAUUCUUCUGAUUCUUCCCCUCUAUACUUUACGUUACUUUUCAAUUCAUACAUACAUGCUCGAAUCAUCCUUAUAUUUCUUGGUAUCCCCAUUUGGUCUAUUAUUUUCCAUAGUCCUUCUCUAUUCACUGAAUUGUAUGCAGCCUCAACAAAUUUGUAAUGUAGUCAUUUUAAUUCUAUCAGAAUUUUCGUAAUUUCUUCUAAACAAUCAUGAGGAUAUUUAUAUACCUCUACAAAUAUGGAUAAUGUCAAAAGAUAUUUUAUCAUGAAUUGAAGAAAGACACAUUCUAUUUUGUAAAAAUUUUUUUUCCACACUAAAAUACUACCAAAAUUUACUCAUAAAAUAUAUCUUACAUUCUUCCUCACUUAAUUUUAUUAUUUACAGAAGUCAAUAUUAUUCCAAAAUCAAAAAACAAUGGAAAUGAUCGUGACUAUAUUUACUUAGACAUGUUAAAUGGUGAUGAUGUGGGAGAGUUUUUAACAUUUGAAAAAAAAUAUAUACCCAAGAAUACUAAAUCAAAAAUUCCAGAGCUAAUAGAAAAAAAACAAACUAAAGGUAAUCUGAUAGUGAUUUUAAUUUAACAUUUGUGUACAAAUUAGAAAUACAAGUACUUCUAACAAAUUUAUCAAUCAAAUAUAAAGUGUUAUCUACUUGAAAAAUAGUGUUUCUCUUAGUAGAAAAAAAAAUUGUAUUUUAAGUUAAAAUAUUAUUUUAUGCAUUAUAUUUAUAAUACCAUUUAUAUUCAUUACCUAUUAAAGUAAUGUAGAAAUUGUGUUUUGUUUUUAUUUUUGAAAAAAUUUAAUACUAUUAUCAUACAAUUAUUAUACAAUUUAUAGUUAUUAAAUAAAAAAAAUAGAUAAUUAUUAACCAAAAAAUCCUUUUUAAAAGAAUAUUUGUAAAAUUUUAAUCAAUACAUUAACACCUCUGUAUUUGUUGCAUAUCUUAUUAUUGGCCAAAAUAUUUUGUUAAGUAUUUGAAUUUCAUAUAAAAUUAUAAACACAUUAUAUUAUUCUAUAAUUCACUUCUUUUCUUUAGGAAUUCCAAAAUCCAUAAUAUACGAUUCAGACUUAACAGAAUGUUAUGGUGAAAUGCUUCCUGCCACCUGUGAUACAGAUUGUCAACUUAUAUGUUACUAUUCAAUACCUGGUCCUCAACGAAGAGAGAUCUAUAACCAGUUUCAGAUACUGCACAAUGUAACUGAGCAAAAUUGUAAAAUCACUCAAUUAGUAAAAUUACGUUUGAUUAAAAAGAGCAAUGAAACAUUUGAGUGCUGUCCAUUAUACCAUUUGAUAAUGAAUAGUUUGACUGUAAAAGUGUGCCGAACAUUUUUUAUCAACACAUUGGGUAUCACAGAAAACCGUCUCAAUGGUGUUCUAAAGCCAAUUAAUUACAGUUGGUAUUCAGACAAAGAUACGGCAUUGAAAGCUAAUUUACCAAACCAAGUAAAAGUAACUGGCAAGUCGGUUUUAAUGACAGAUUUCAUGAGGGAAUCUUUAAAACUAUUAGACAAUGAUUAUAAUUUGUAUGAGCCUGAAAGUGAUUCUGAAGUUAAUCUGGAAAAUGUACCCUUUGAAGAAUACGAAAAGGUAUUUUCAUACAUAAAAGGUAUUCCUAGGGUUUUAAGCUCUUAUCAAGCUCCUGGAGAGUUAAAAAAACAAUUCUUUGAGACUAGCAUUUGUUUGGAUUAUAUUUAUAAAUCAUAUUCCGAAAAUUAUAUUCGAAAUAAUAUUCCACCUCCAUAUACAAAACGUCAAUUUAAAAUAAUUUACAACCAGUAUAUGAAAACAUUUUUAAAAUAAUUCAAAUACAUAUUAUUGUAAUAAAAUCACAGUAUUUUACCUACAUUUUCUUUAUGGCUUUUAUUUAAUCUUUAUAUAGUUGUCAAAUAAGUAAUAUAAUAAUUAUAUGGUCAAAUAAAUAUAUACCUACAAUAGAGGUGACAAACUUGUGACUUGAGUCUUAUUUAUAAAAACUUAUAAUUAUUAUGAAUUUAUAUUUGUUUGGUUUAUACCCGACAAAUACAAGUACAUACAUAUACAAUAGUAGUAUACAAGAUGUAAUAAAACUAUUUGACAUUUUUAUAUUAUAGUAAAUAUAACAACCAUAAUAUAUUUUAACUAAUAUCUACCAACAUUUCUUAUAUUUUCUCAUUUAUUUUUUUUUUUUGCUUUUUCAAAUUUAAUGAGAAAACUUUUAAUAAAAUCAAAAAAUUACCUCACUAGUGAAAUUUUCUUUUAGAAACAUUGCUAUCAUUAAAAGUUUGAGCAAAACUGACUGCUGAUAGAAAAGUUAUGCACAGAAAAAAAAAUCAUAAGAUUAUAUUUCAUACAUAUUACCAUUUUUUCAUAUUUAAUGAGGAAACUUUUCAAAAAGUCAAAAAAUAACUUCCUUAAAAUACUCCACCAUGCCGAUUUUCUUUCAAAAAAGGUGCUGAUCCAAGCAAGUCUUCUGGUAGAAAAGUUACGCACAGAUAAACAAAAAUAUAUAAACAUCUUUGUAAAACUAUUCGCUCCACUCGGAAUCUAAAAUGUUAUCACUGUUAGUAUACCGAUUUUAUCAUUUUUGUCACAAAUUAUUAUUGCAAUACUCAUAAUGUAAAAUAGUAUAAUUGAUACACUAUGCAUUUAUUUAAACAGCAUAUCUAUGUGAGGGCAGUACAUUAAUACAUACUGUAUGUAAUUUGUAUGUAAUUUUGUACAUAAUAUCAAUAAUAUUUAUUUACUUUCUACAUUAAAGUGUUUUAAUGUGAGAUUUUUAAAUUUUUAAAAAGUUUCCAGUAUCCGAACUAAGUGUAUUCCUAAUAAGUUUGGAUAAUCAAGGUUCUACUGUUUUUAAAAUUAUAAAAUGUAUUUAUAAACAUUUUAGCUCUUGAUACCAUUGUAUUUAUGCAUCGUGAAUAUACUCAUGUUGACUAUCAGGCACAUGGCUAAGAUUUUUUUUUUUUUUUGGAGGGGUCGAGUCCAAUCAUAAAAUUUAUCACCAACUACCAAUAAUCUGAUUUUUUUAUGAAAAUCUCAAAUUUGAGGGUGAUCUAGACUCUAUGAACCUCCACCCAAACUCCAUGCCUGUUGGCUACCUUUGAUCUAUACUAUAAUUUGGUGAACACAUUCUUUACUAAAGUUUAAAAAAAUAAAUAUUUAUAAUUUAAAUUAAGUUAGGCCAUUUUUGUUUUAUUUUAAAUAAAAACAUCGUUAUUUUUACAUUUAUGUUAUUUAUGUAUAGUCCAAAAAGAUAUCUUAUUGUGUUAAUAUUUACUAAAAUACAUAACUUAAUCCAGCAUUAUUUUGUAAAUUUAUGAGUAAUAUCAAAAGAAAUUAAAAUCCUGAACAUUUAAAAAUAAGGAAUUAAUAAUUGCUUGUAUAGAAGCAGUGAUAUUUUAUUUUUGUAUUAGUUUCGUUUUACUAUUAUUAUGUCUAAAUUAAUCUGUAUAUUUUAAAGAAAAUAAUAUUGAUUACAACUAUUAAAUGGACAUACAGAUAGAAGGUUCAAUUUUGGGCACUCCUGUUGCUUCAUUUAACUACAUCACAGCAAUGCGGUUUUAUAUAUUAGUAGUAUAAAGUAUUAUAUACUAUUAUCAUUAAUAUUAUACAAUAGACUUAUAUAUAGCCCCUAGUAUAGAAAUAUUUAAUGAGUUAGUGCUGUUUUCACUAACAAACAUUGAUUUUUAAACUGAGUUUAUAAGCGGGUGACUUAUUGUAAUUGAUUAUUAACCAUAAACUCGAUUUAAAAAUCAGGUAAACAAAAAGGUUUAUGUUGGUGAGAAUAGCCAUUAUUUAGUUACAUAGUGACUACAGGAGGUAGCCAAAUAUUAAAAUUGUAUGGCCUACUAUAUAAUCAACACUACUUCUUUAAACAUUUAAAAGCAAUGUUAUUGAACAAAUAAUUUGUUUGUACAAAACUAAAGAAACACCACUAAACCAAAUAGUAAAUAUCUCUUCUACUCGAAGUCUAAAAUAUGGCCUAUAUCAAAAUGGAAAAUAAUCUAUACAAUUAAUAUUAUUUGUAAUCAAAUAAAUAGUUUGAUUUAAAAACUAUAUCAAUAAUAUACAAUUAUAUUACAGAGUGAGAAUAUUAUAAAUAAGGUUAGUAAUUUAAAGAUUUUCUUAAUCAAAAUUCAGUUUAAUAAUCUCAAUUCAAUUUAACAAAUCCAAUUUCUUUUAAACACAUCUUAGCAGCAUCCAUUUUCGCCAAUUUUUUUGUUUGACAUUUUGAUGAACAAUACUGCUUUCCAUUAACAGCUACCUACAUAAACCAAAAACUAUAAGUAGAGGACUAAUUGCAUAAACAUUUUGAAUACUUACUGCCAUUACAAAUGAUUUUCUAUGACUAGGACCAGAUUCUUCUAUUGUAUUAAAUUUAGGUACAUCCCACUUACGUUUAGCACAAAAUUCAUUUAACAAUGAAACCGGAUGUUUUCCUAUAACAAUAUGUAUUUAUUAAAUAAUGAUUAAACAAUAUUAUCAUUAAAUUAUUUAUUUAAAUGUUUACCUUCUAAUGACAUCACAGCUGGAGCUGGUUUUUUUGAAAAGCGUUUUGUACGAUUUCCUUGGAGUUCUUCUUCAGCAACUAGUCCUAUAAAACAUUUAAAAACUAUUAUUAUAUUUACUAUAACAAUACUGCAAGUACACAUAGUUUUUUUUUCACCUCGUUUAUCCAUUUUGACGUCUAAUAAAAGAGGUUCUAAAGACCCAGAUUGAUUUUUACCAAGACCUUCACCAGGCUUCCAUCCCAUUUUUUGUAACAAAUGAAUUCCUAUACCACUAUUAACAGGAGCAGUAUUUUUAAGCUGAUCCUAUAAUUAAAUUAAUUGAAU